UUGUAAUAUUAAGACUUAGAAAUCAAAAUGUAUUUGUCUAUAACAUAGUAGUCCUCGUCCUAAUUUCAUAAUAAUUUAAAGUUCAUUAUGUUUGUCCAGUGCAGUAGUAAAACCUAGCGCCUUUCAAUAACAAAGUGACGAUAACUAAACAAAUUGUCUGUUAGAUAACAUUAAUAUAGUAUUAAGCUAAUAAUAUAUGUAUCGAUAUUUUAUCUCCUAUUAUAAUGUAAACACGACGGUGGUUUAUGUACAUUCGUGUUAGGAGAGUGAUAGCGGUAGGAUGGAUUCCUUGUACGAGCGCGCGAUAUCCGAAGUAGGUCAAGAAGGAAAAUUUCAAAUAACUUUCGAUAUUUUUUAUAAUGUGUUGCUUUCUGGGUUGUGGUCAAUGGCAUAUAACAAUAUAAUUUUAGCGCUAACGAUUACCCCACAUAUAUGCAAACUACCUCAGAAACCAACGAAUGUGACUGAAUAUUACUGGAAGUCGAAGUACAUUCCAACUGUUGAAGAUGCUGUCGGAGCAACAAAAUUUAGUGACUGUUUGAUUUACACAAACCAAGAGUUGAAUAAAACUAAAGAAUGUGAUAUUUUCGAAUACGACCGGACUUGGUUCGAAACAACUAUUCCAACUGAAAAUAAUUGGGUUUGCGGCAAUGAAAUAAACGUAGCAAAUGUUUUUGCUUAUAGCAAAAUCGGGGAAAUUAUAGGAUCUUUUAUCUUUGGAUGGUAUGGAGACGUAUACGGGCGUCGACUCACAUACAUUAUUUCAUUGGUCAUGCUAGUAGUCGGCCGUUUCAUGUCAAUAUUGGCCAGUUCUUCAUUUGUACUAUUCUCUAUUGGGUGUAUCAUAGCUUCCUUACCAUCAUGGUCGGCUACCCAGAGUACAGCCAUUAUAUCGCUGGAAAUAUCUUCUCCUAAACGACGAGCAAGUGUCGCCAAGCUGAGAUUAAUAUCUAUGAGUCUCGGAAUGUGUCUAAUGCCUUUAUUCUACUUGUGGUUUCGGAAUUGGAAACCUUUUAUGAUUAUCACCACUGCAACACAAAUACCUUAUUUGUUAUUUUCUUGGAAAUUAAUUGAAUCACCACAGUGGCUUUGGGUUAAUAGAAAAACAAAAGACUGCGUUAAAAAUCUCAAGCGUAUAGCCAAAGUAAAUAAAACUAAACUUAGUUCUGCUACAGAGGAAGAAAUACUUACGAGUGGUGUAGCUGAGGCCAAUGAGACAGAGGUCUUAGGCCCAUUGGCAUUAUUUUCUGGUUGGCGCUUAGCUACUAACACUAUAUUGCAAUUGUUUUUGUGGGUCUGCGUUUCAAUCAACUAUACGGUGGUGUUAUUGAGUUCUGCAGAAAAGUCCAAUGGAAACCCAUUCUUGGAUUUCGCCUGGCAGUCCUUAGCUGAGAUACCUGGGUUCUUUAUAGCAUCAUGGCUUGCUAAUAAUAUCGGUCGACGAUACACGGGGAUUAUUUCAACAGCCAUAACCGCGUCUAUUUGGAUUUUUUACGGUUUUCGUGAAAUAUAUGUUGCGGAAUUUCUAAACAGUCAAUGGUUGAGAAGUUCUUUGGUUUUUAUAAACAGAUUGACGAUCACAGUUUCAUACUAUAUAAUCAAUUUGUUCAAUAUGGAACUUUAUCCAACGUGCCUAAGACAAACGGGAAUGUCAUUAGGCAAUGUUGUGAGCGGUGGAGCCGGUGCGAUAGCGCCUUACAUUUUGUAUUUGGGUCGUCGGUAUAGUGCACAUUACCAAAGUGCCAUUUUAAUAUUUACGACAAUAUUUGGUGGAAUUUUAACAUCUUUCUUUUUACCCGAAACUUUGAAUGCCAAACUGCCGGAAACGUUUGAAGAUGCACAAAGAUUUGGUCGUCGUCGAAGAAAUAGAACAUUUUAUAUGUCUGUAAACCUAAAAACUGAAACAAUAGAUUCAAACUUGCCAAAUAUGUGAAAAUAAUGGUUGUUCUAAUGUAUAACAAUAAUUUAUUCGGUUUGAAUUAUAUUAUAAUAGGUACUUAAUAAUGAAACGUGGCCUUAUAAGAAGUGCAUCGAGGUACAAUAUCUACCCUGUAUAAGUACAUGUACCUGACCUUUAUAAUGGAAUAUAA